AUGCAUCUCAUCGUUCAAGAUCAGUACGAUUGCACUUCGCAAAAUCAAAAUUACGAGAGCGAUAUCGUUUAUGCAACAAACCACAACAAAUGGAUCCUAGCGUCCCUCGGUAUUUGGCCAUCGUUAAAAGGUCGCAAGAGAUUUUUGUCGGAAAUCGCAUUCGGACUCAGCAACUUGGUAUUCUUCUUCGCUAUAAUACCGUUCAUCCUGCACAUCGUCUACGAGGAAAAGGAUACGUUGAUAAUAUUGAAGCUCUUCGGCUUCCUCAUCUUCUGUUUGAUUUCGCUGUUGAAAUACUGGGUUCUCACUAUACGCAAACCAAAGAUUGAGAAAUGUAUCGAACAGAUGCAAACCGAUUGGAAACAGGUGGAAUUUCACAGGAACCGUGAAAUGAUGCUGAAAUAUGGGAAAACUGGUCGUAACCUGACGAUACUCUGUAUCAUAUUCAUGUACAGCGGUGGUACCAUUUAUCAUACCAUCAUGCAAUAUGCGAUAGGAACGUUCGUCGAUCAAAAUAAUCGUACAAUCAAACCAUUAGUCUAUCCAACAUACAGUGCUCUCUACGAUGUCCAAAAAAGUCCUAUUUACGAAUUGGUGUACAUCGUGCACUGUAUGUGCGGAUACGUUAUUUAUUCGGUGACAGCUGGUACAUGUGGAUUAGCUGCACUUUUCACAACCCACGCUUGUGGACAAAUCGACAUCGUCCUGUCUCGUUUGAACGAUCUCGUUGAUGGUAAAAUGGCCAAAAGGAAUGUUGAUCUAAACAAAAGAUUGAUAGAGAUCGUUGAACAUCAUCUACGAAUCUUGAGAUUUUCUGCAGUGGUAGAAAGUAUUUUGCAAGAAGUGUGCUUUUCGGAGUUUAUUGGCUCUACAUUGUUGAUAUGCUUGCUCGAAUAUUACUGUAUAAUGGAUUGGAGGCAAAGGAACAUAAUUGGACUUACGACAUAUACGAUGCUACUGAUAUCUCUAACGUUUAAUAUAUUCAUAUUAUGCUACAUUGGCGAGCUCGUAAUGGAAAAGAGUAGUAGCGUUGGAACAUCCUGUUUUAAGAUCGAAUGGUACCGGUUACCAACUAAAACAAUACACGGACUUAUCUUGAUCAUAGCUAUAUCAAAUAAUCCAGCAAAACUUAGCGCUGGCGGUGUAGUUGAUUUAUCCUUGUCUACUUUUGUAAGCAUUCUUAAGUCAUCGUUGGGGUAUCUAAGUAUCCUUCGAACAGUUAUUAUAUAA